AUGUCUGUACUAUUUUACAAACGACCGGAUUAUACCAACAAAGCAAAUGGUCCUAUAAAUGCUACAGAAUGUCAACGUUAUGCUGAAAGAGCAAAAAAUUCUGAGCGUGCAAUCCCCCCUGGACUAUCAUUCGAAAACGUGGUGGAAAAUCGAUCGCUUCCACGUCAGCCAUGCUCUUUAAGUGACUUUAUGGACUAUCUCGUUUACAUUGAGCACGACGCGGAGAAUCUUCAAUUCUAUCUCUGGUACAAAGACUAUGUGCGUCGGUUCGAGGCUCUAUCCGAUCGCGAAAAGCAGCUUUCUCCUGAAUGGGUGCCAGAAACAACGGAGCUCCGUACUCUUGCCAAAGACACAGAGGGGAAUGAAGGGAGGAAAAAGAAACCAAUGGUAGAUUUGCCAGAUAACAAUGUUGUGACCGACUUCAACCCAGACGUUAAGUCUACAGACGGCUUUUCUCGCACCUUUUCAUCAAGGGCUGAUAGUGCUAUUGGCAGCCCACUGGCUUCUCCAGUACCAUCAAGUAACACAGGUAGGCGCUCCGGGGAAGUACUAGGCCAAGCCGGUCUCAGAUGGCAACCUUUCACCGUUCAACCUAUGCGAGAAGAAGUUAACCGUAUAAUGCGACAUUACCUUGCUUUUAAUUCAGCUCGAGAGCUUAACCUAUCCCACAAAGACCGGGCGUUAUGUCUGCACGCCCUUCAACACACAACUCAUCCAUCAGCCUUCUCACCGGCCGUGGUCAUAACCGAAGCUGCACUUCGAGGCCAAUCUCAUCCGAACUUUAUCAGGUGGUCUAUAUGUAACGGUAAUCGACCUCGAAUUUUCUUUGUCCGAACUACGGGUAUUAGUACUACAGUGUUCGGCUUUGUGAUCGGUAUCCUAUUGGUUCUCUCGAGUGUUAGUCGAUGGUGGAGAGUCUUUGCGGGCCUGCAGUGGUUCCUAGGUAUCGCCACAAUAGUAGCAUCCUACAAAGGUCUAUGCCUCAUCAUGCACAAGUCUCACAACCGCAAUCUGCGACCCUGGGAAGAGAUUCUUCAGCACGACGCCGAUGAAGAAAACGAACGACACUCUUUUGAAACCUCGUCACAACGACGCAUCCACAUGGCGAUACGCACCGGUGACGAUCAUGAUAAGCAAAUGGACGGCACAGCGAUUUCUCAAUCGUCGACCCUGUCGAGUUUUGGUCCGAAGAACGAUGUACAAGAAUUUGAAGAGAAGUGGGCACGUAUCUACAAGAAGAAGAGUCUGUUGAGGAAAGUUUUCGAUAAGACCACUUGGACGCAAGAUGAGAAUUUAAGGUUAUUGCAAGAUAGGAUUGUAAUCGGGGCGGUUGCUUGGAGCUUUAUCAUCACGGUGCCGUUGACGGCGCUAUUUGUUGCGUUACCAAAGGGAAAUUACUUUUAG